AUGAACAAUCUCUUGAUAGUACUGGUUCUUCUGGGCCUAUGUAUCGGCUUAGGAGAAAGCACCGUCACUAUAAGCAACCAGUUGAAACACAACAAGCUCCUCGGGAUUCUUUGUGACAACUACGAAGGGUAUCAGAUGUUGAAAAUCGGCGAAGAUUAUAAUUUUAAUGUUUCUCUCGACUCUUCGGACCCGGUGUACGAGGAACAAUACUCAUGUACAAUGUACCAAGGUCCUAAUUUCAAAUAUCGCCAACAUGUUAUGGUGUUGGACGAGAGCACAGGACUUGAGGUUACGAGUAAGUGGAUUGCUAGAGAAGAUGGUAUCUACAGUUAUAUUGGUGGACAUCCUCUUCUGAAGACAGAUAAGUGGGAUGGUUCUCACCUACUCAAAAACUAG